AACAAAUUAAUUCAAAAAAUUAGGUCCGAACCACCGUAGACCUUAUUCUAUGACCGUAGACCGUUCACACCAACUUGUCAGACUGACGUUUAACCAAACAAAUAACCUCCCCUAAUUUUGCUAAAAAUGGAGCCAGAGGAGCACUUACUGGCUUUGAAAGUUAUGCGUCUUACGCGCCCCACUCUGGCCACUCCUCUGCCAGUGACUUGCGACAGCAAGGACUUGCCCGGUAAUUUGCUAAAUGUUGCCCUUCAGCAGGACGCUGCGUCGGUUAAAGGCACCGAAACGUUGUCUAUAGGCCAAUUUUUGCUGCUACCUCAAAGUCCAGUUAAUAUUUAUUUAGGCGAAACGUUUUCUAGCUACAUUUGUGUGUACAAUGAGACUCAACACAUUGUUAGUAAUGUUAGUGUUAAAGUGGACUUGCAGACCACUUCUCAGCGAUUGCCUUUAUCCUCGAAUCCUCCAACCCCUCAACUGACCCCUGAUGACACUGUUAAUAUUGUUAUCCAUCAUGAGGUCAAAGAAAUUGGAAAUCACAUUUUGGUGUGUGAAGUGUCUUAUCAGAACGCAGUAGGAAUUCUUAAAUCGUUCAGGAAAUUUUUCAAAAUUCAAGUACUUAAGCCGCUUGACGUCAAAACGAAGUUCUACAAUGCGGAAAACGACGAUGUUUAUUUGGAGGCCCAGGUGCAGAACAUCACCACAGGCCCCAUAUGUUUGGAAAAGGUGGCCUUGGACGCGUCCCACCUCUUUAAAGUUACGUCCUUGAAUGUGACACCAACAGGUGAGAGCAUUUUUGGCAAAACAACCCUUUUAAACCCUCAAGCUGUUUGCCAAUUUUUGUACUGCCUAUCACCCAAUGAAAAAUUGUCUUCCGAUUUGAAGAGUUUAAGUGGGGCCACAAACAUUGGCAAGUUGGAUAUAGUGUGGAGGUCGAAUUUGGGCGAAAGGGGCAGGUUGCAGACAAGUCAGCUUCAAAGAAUGGGACCUGAUUAUGGUGAUAUAAGAUUAUCGAUUACCGAAUUACCUAAUUUCGUAGUCUUGGAAGAGUUGUUUGCGUUCAAAUGCCGGCUGGUUAAUAAUUGCGAAAGAAGUGUUGAGUUAAUGAUGUAUUUGGAUAACUCAGAUGGCUUGGCUUGGUGUGGCAUUUCUGGCCGUAAGUUAGAAGUGUUGCCACCACACUCCACCCGAGUUUUAGAAUUUAAAGCAAUCCCCCUUAUUCCGGGCCUGCGAACCCUUUCCGGGAUCAAAUUAGUCGACACGUUCCUCAAAAGAACUUACAACUACGACGAUCUAGGUCAAGUCUUUGUGAUAGUUAAUGAUAAUGUUGGAAAAAGUAUUUAAUAAGUUUAUUUAAAAUAAAUUGUUUCUUUAACAAAAA